CAUUCAUUCCGUCAUUAGCUGCGCCCAGCAGAGCGCGCACGCGCAACGACGCGCGGCCCGUCGUGUUUUGCUAUGUACUUACCACAUAAAUUGAAACAACAAAACGCAAACUCAGUUUAAUUGCUGUGUAUAAAAGUGAAUCAAAUAAUAUAGUUAUAACAAACGUGGAAAAAUUUCAAUCAUGAGUGAAGAACCUGUGCAAGCAGAAAGCCGGACAAAUGAAGAAACAAAAAACAUUAUGAUGCAGAUGGCAGAUUUUGACUUCAACGCACCUGUGCUAGUAAAAGUCAUAUUUGAAGACAAUGAUGAAGAUUCAAAUACCAAACAAGAAGCAUGUCAAGUAGCUGACGAUAAUAACGGCACAGACAUAAAACUAGAUGGUGCCGGUCCCAGCGAGAUUCUUAAGGAUAAUAUUAUAGAAGAACAUAAUCAAGAUGUUAAAAAAUCCAGUUCAAUAAAUGAAAAUGAUAUUUAUGUUGACAAACCAGUUAGUGAUAGACCUCCAGAUACCGUUAAAUCUCUUGAAAUAAAUGUAGAAGAACUCAUAAGUCAAGCAAUACAAAGAGUAAUGCAAAAUCGUUCCGAUGACAACAAAAAUUUAAAAAGAAAAUCACAUUUUGAAGAGCCUUGCCCAAAAAUAAGGAAGGAAACAACUCUUACUGAUAACAUUAUCAGUAGUAAUAUUACGAACAAUAACAAAACUGACAGUUGCAUUCCACAAAAUGACGUGAGCCUAGAAGAUACUUCAGUACUAAAUAAGCAGCUACCUGUAACAAAUCAGAAUACUAUUAAUAUUCCAAAUAGUAACAAUACAAACAAAGGAAACUUAUCUGAAUCUUUUAGCACCACUUGUGGUAGUAACCCGGGAAACCUAUGCAUUAUGAAGCUUUUGAAAUCUGUUGCCAAUAGCUUAAUACUGGUUAUAAAAGCUCAUAGUAUCUGGCGCCAUGCCCAAAACAAAGCUUCACAAGAAGAAAUAAAUACAACACAAAAUCAAUUUUUGCGAAUUAGAAACCAUUUCUUCCAUAUUGCAUAUAGCGCUGUUGAACAUAUUAUUAUACCACAGCUAGAAAACAUGGCGUUUGUCAAAAAGUUUAUGGAAGAAGUUGUAAAAUUAAGUAAUGAGAUGAAACAAUGCGUAUGUUUAGAAACACAGGUAAAACCGAUUUUCUAUGAACUAGUGGAAUGGACAAAACGAAAAAAAAUGUGGUACAGUAGUAAUACAGGACUAAGUUUACUCCUCCAAUCACCACAUGAAAACUCGUUGAAUGGUAGUGCAUACAAUAAUAAUAUAGGUUCUGGAAAUUCUGUAUUAUUACCUACAUCUGAAACCCAAAUCAGUAUCGCAGUUAAGCAGGCUUAUUUGCAUGGUAAUAACAAUGGGAGCACUUACCAAGAGUCUUAUGAAAACAGUAUUGGCCGUCAAUAUCCACCCCAAGACAAUAUUAUUAACAGAAAAAACGAUCCAAGGUUUUUUGAAAAACCGCCUCCACUCUAUCGGCACACGACCACAGGAAAUUCUUGGCAAAACGAAAGUGCCGUAACAAGUGCAUGGAACUGUAUGGAAGUGCAAGCGAAUGCUAAUCAACAGCCGCAUUCGGUCCGAAAUCAUCAAAAUGUGGAGGUUACCAGAUCACGCUCAACUGAUAGCGGAUUUGCGAGUCCAGUCCACUUCAAUAACACGGGCCUGACGAAUAAUAGCAAAGGAGACAAUUUCUCGCGGUCUGCUACGCCGAUAAUAACGCACAUAACCUCGUUAAAUCCUGACGCCCAGUACAUUAAAGAGGGAAUGUGUCACGUCUGUGGGACUAUCACGCAUGCGAUGUGCGUAGGAUGCUAUAAAAAAUAUUAUUGCAGUUUAGAAUGCCAGCGGGCAGAUUGGAAGUUUCACAGCGCAAUAUGCAGAGAGAGAUAAUACAGAAAAGUUGUUGUUAUUAUUCUAUAAAAUAUACGUAUAUUUUUUUUGACA